CGUUUUCAUAAAAUAAUUUGAUUGCUUGAUUUGGUUUUGAUACUGGAAUAAAUUUUAAAGUAUGAUGCGUUGAUCGUUUAUUCUUGAGCCAUUGUAGUUAUACAACACGUCCAUCUGCAGACUAGGAUAUUUUCGCGGUUGGCGUUGCGGAGAGUGAGUGUGUGUGGCGAAUGAUGGCCGACGCAGCGUUCGCGUAUCCAGCGUCGCUCGUGCAGCAUCCGCGACCUCCAGCCAGUUCCUCGGGAUAUGCCGCCGCGGAUGGCCCGCAGCUGGGCGAAACGCUGCAGGAAACCGUGGACAAUUUCAUCAACAAGCUGAAAUACAGUCAGCGAUACGGUUCGUACGCGACGGCUCAAGAAGCCGCGUUGAUCUUCCGGAAAAUCGUCGCCACCGUGCGCUGGAACAACGCCAGGGAGCUAAUGCACGUCAUUCGCCGCGAAGGCCGUCGCAUCAUCAAGACCUGCCCUCCGGAGACCGUCAUCGGCAACGUGGUCCGACGCACCUUGAAAAUCAUCCGGGAAGAGUACAUCAACGCCGCACAAGCGACCGCCCUGCGUAACGGCACCGCCGGCGGCGAGGGCGCGGCGGUGGUGGCGGGGGAGGCGGCCGACCGCGGCACCACGGAGGACGCCGAGUUCGGGGAAUCCCUGCACAAUCUCUUCAUUUCCGGCCACCGAAUGGACGAUUUCUCCAGCAAGAUUGACGGACUGAAGACUCAGAUUAUCGAAGCAUACAAUGAAUUCCUAUCGGAACUGGAUACCAGCGUGGACUGUAUCGCGACGCAGGCGCUGGAGCACAUCCACUCCAACGAAGUCAUCCUCACCAUCGGCAAAUCGCGGACCGUGGAGGAAUUUCUCAAGCAUGCGGCGAAGAAGCGGAAAUUCCACGUGAUCGUGGCGGAGGCGGCGCCGUUCUUCCACGGGCAUUUAAUGGCCAAACGCCUGGCCGAGCACACCCCGCCCAUCCCCACCACCAUCAUCACCGACUCGGCCGUCUUCGCCAUGAUGUCCCGCGUCAACAAGGUCAUCAUCGGCACCCACACCGUCCUCGCCAACGGCGGACUGAAGGCCGUCAGCGGUAGCCACACGAUCGCCUUGGCCGCCAAACACUAUUCCGUCCCGUUGGUGGUGUGCGCGGCCAUGUUCAAGUUGGCGCCGCAGUAUCUCUGCACGUAUGAUCAGGAUGCCUUUAAUAAAUUCGUCACGCCGGAGGAUGUGCUGAGCUAUUCCGAGGGCGAGAUCCUCUCCGCCGUCCACCUGGUCAAUCCCGUCUUCGACUACGUCCCACCCGAGCUCGUCACGCUCUUCAUCUCCAACAUCGGAGGCAAUGCGCCGUCGUACGUGUACCGGCUGCUGACGGAGCUCUACCAUCCCGACGACGAAGAACUGUGAAAACAACAGCGGACCAAACUGUCUUCCGUGAUUUUUUUCCUGACCUGUUGAACUGUCCGCAUCGUUUCGCCUUUUUCUGCAGAAUGCCUCUUCCGGUGCUGCGUGUCUUAACCAAGUUUUCUUCGUCCAUUUGCUGAGGAAGAAUAUUACAGCGCCCGCCGUGAAGCUGAUCUGUCGGUACUAAGUUUUCUUAGGUAAUUUAACGCCGAAAUAAAUUUAAGAAAAAUCCCAUAUCGCUUUAUGUGGUAUCUGUAGUGCGCAUUAUAUUUUUUACACAUUAUAUGAAGCCAUUUUUCUAACCGAAAACAAAUGUUUCGCCGCUGAGAAUGUUCAAAAAUAUAUCAGGAAUAAAUAGAAUUAAUGAAAGA